UCUGUUGGUUAAGCUUGGAAGCUCAUAACCUUAAAUAUUUUAAACUUUUAUAAACAAUCCAGGACAAUUCUUCAACUUAUCGAAAUAAAGUUAUAUCCCAUGCUUACCAGUUCAAAUGGAAGAAAUUAAACAGUUAAACGAUGAUGAAGUGGGAUUGGAGCCUCCAUGCAAGAAACCAAAUUUGGAUCAGACAGAAGAAGAGGAAGUCUUGCCUACUAUAGAUGCUGAUGGUAAACCAAUACUGUUCAAUGGAGUGGAAAUUACCAAAUUGACUAAAACACAAAUGAAAAAGUACAGAAAGAUGUUGAAAUGGGAAGCAAGCAAAAAGGAGAAGAGGGUUAAAGAGAGGUUGAAGAUGAAGAACAAAAAAGUUGAGGCUAAAAAGAAUAAUAUUGAUUUAGGUCCGUCCAGAAAACAGUUAAAGAAAGCAACAAUGGCAAACAGCAGUUGCAAAAUAGGAAUAGCCAUCGACUUAAGUUUUGAUGAUCUUAUGAUCCCAAAGGAUUUGGGAAAAGUGAUAAAGCAGAUUUUAAGGGUUUACACAGAGAAUAGAAGAUCUUCUGCACCUAUGCAAUUGCAUCUGACAAGUUUUACAGGGAAGAGCAGAGAAGAAAUGUCCAAACACAAUGGAUAUGAACAUUGGGAUAUGAACUUUCAUGAGGAAAGCUAUUCAAGUUUGUUUCCAAAAGAGAAACUCGUGUAUUUGACAAGUGAAAGUGAUAAUAUUAUUAAUGAAUUGGAAGAGGACAAAAUUUACAUCAUUGGUGGAUUGGUUGACCACAAUUCACAUAAGGGAAUUUGUUUUAACAAAGCUGUGAAGGAAGGUAUAAGUCAUGGUCAAUUACCAAUUGGUGAAUAUUUUACAUUGAAGACUAGAAAAGUGUUUACAAUUAAUCAAGUUUUCGAAAUACUGUUGAGGGUUUCUGAGGGAAAGACCUACAAAGAGGCGUUCGAAAGUACAUUGCCUAAACGAAAUAAUAUGCAACCAACGAAUUCUGAUGCCAACGUCGAUCAAAAUGAUCCCAAUAGCAUCGAAAAAAUUGAAGAAUCUGAAUGUGCUAACAAUGAUUCGAGUUAGCAUGGUUUGAAUCGAAAAACAUUGAAAUAUAUGUUAAUUGUUUACCAUAGAUCGUUCCGUGCAGUACAAUUCAAUUAUUUUAUUAAAAUGUAUAUAUAUACGGUUUGUGCUGUAAU